UCACGGAAAGAGUCGAGUAGGUACGUUUUCAAUGCGGCCCUCGGAGAACAUCGCCCUCAUUCGUCACAACUCGCCUCUUUCCGUAACCCCCAAGAAGACUUGUCCCGGAAUAACACGAGUUGGUCACGAAUGCAUCGCCCCUUCACGUAACAGAGCGAGUAUUGACGGAGAAAAGGGGAUUUCCCUUUCUCAGGCACCCAGAGAAGAAGAAGAAUCAGGAGUCUUGUACAGAUUCUUGUACAGACUCCCUGGUCAAAAACAGUGGCCUCUCAUUGUCAGUGACAAACUCGUUUAUCAGGGUUAACGUUUUAUUGACUUGAAAACUGAAACAAGAUGGAUCGAAAACGCAAGGCUGAUGAUCCAUGUGAUGACACAGUAAGGAAAAAGGCCAAACUUGGGGAUGUCACAGACAUGAUGGAUCGCAAGAGGACAGCUCUUGAUUCCCUUGACUCAGGUGAUGUCACUGACAUGACGGAUCGGACACAGAAGGCUGAUGAUCCAUGUGAUGUUACCAUGGUUACAGCACGGAAAAGGGCAAAGUUUGGUAACAUCACAGAAUGUGUAUCGUCAUCAGCGCCAGCACCACAUGGAUCUAGCCAGUCUAACGCAUCUGCUCCCACUAACUACUUUCAGACUGGUAUGACUGGUGGAACGGCCAUCGGAAGUAAUGUGGCAGCUGUGAUGACUGUGAAUAAUGCAGCAGCCGAAUGUUCACUUCUUCAACAUUUAAUCACUGAAACUGAGCUGAAGAUCAAAUCAAAACAUCCCACAAGACAUGUUUCAACAUACACAGAUAUGGGCUGCAUUCAGACAUCUGAAGGCGUGCGGCAACAAAAGUAUGUUGUAAUGGUUGAUGACAUUUUUGGGCGAACAAAUUUGAUCCAGUCAAGCCUUGAUGAGUGGAGGCAAAAGUUUGAUCUAGUGUGGCCUCUUGUGGAGUCUGGACAGAUUUGGUUAGUGAUGACUUCACGUCCAGAAAUCAUUUCUCAAGGAGAACCAGAAAUAUUUGGAUAUGAAAUAAUAAAUAAGGCAAAAGAGAUCAUUCUUGAUGAAGGAAAGUACCGUCUCCAAGAGUCAGAAAAAUUAAAGUUCCUUGAGAAGUUGUGUGGAAAAUAUGUAAGGAAGGAAGACAUGAAAGAAAUUGCCAAUAUGGACACUACUUUGGGAUUCCCACAAUGCUGUACAUUCUUUGCAGCAAAUAAGGAUGCAAGAUUGAAAGGAGUUGAAUUUUUCAAGAAACCUUUUGAAUUUAUAAAAGAUUUGAUUGAGUGUGUUAAGAAGACGCAACCUGAAGUGUAUUUUGUGUUGCUGUUGGUUUUCAUGAAUGAAGGACGACUUUCCAUGAAAGAGCUCAUGUCAGCAGAGCAUGAAGACAAAUUUGAAAGGCAGUUUAAAACCAUAUUGCCCUUUUGUAUUCUGAAGAAAGAUGGUCUUUCCAAGGGUGGCAUAAAACAUGUGGCAAAAUCCGUCUGUGGGAUAUAUCUUUUAGAAGCUUCCAGAUGUUUCCUGUUCUCACACAGGUCAAUAUAUGAUGUCUUGUUUGUAGCCGUGUGUGAAGAUAGUCCUGAUUUAGGAAUAAAAAUGAGCACACCAGUCAUGCUGCUAGAAUUUAUUCGAAUCAAUAAACAGAAACUGGAAAGAUGCAAGCAACGUAAUGUUGUUUUUCUAGAUGAAGAAGAUUAUCCAAUUUUGGCUGAUAAACUGAGGGAAUAUCUGUCACAUGAGAACACUCGAUACGUUGUGCUGUCUCACCCAGCUUUACAAGACACAGAGUUUUUACGUGUGAUCUUUCAUGAAUGGAAAACUGAUGACAUAUACCAACUGUGCAGGCACAAUGGAGGGAAAGUUGUCAAAGAUAUUGCUUUACCUCUUAGUGGAAAACUAGGUUUGCCACGAACUGUCAACAUUCUUGAAUAUAAUUUGUUUCUCUCCUAUGUUAUCAUGAAUCACAUGAAGGAGUUUGCUUCACGUAUCAUUCAGUUACUUUGUAGAUAUGAUUCAGAGGACGUUCAUCCUGUUUUAAAUGAAGCCUUGCUUUGUGCUUUGUUUACUUGUGAAAAAGACUUAGCAACAGCCCUUCUUUCAAGUGGAGCUAAACCAAACAUGUUGUGUUUUAUCUCACUUUGUAACUGGCCACAACUAGAUACAAAUACCUCAUCAACUAUCAUUAGUCAGAUAGAAGACAAUGAAACCAAUCUGAAACUGCUCUUAAGUAUUGCAGUUAUUUCCUGCAAUAAGACAGUGAUCAGGGUUUUAAUUCAAAAACUCACUGCUCUAAGUGGAAACCAUGACCAGUUUUACAGCCAUUGCUUAGAAUUGUUGCUUAAAAUCAAUGGCAAUUGCCACAAGGACAUACCACAAUUGACUACAAAUGCUGGACAUGAAAUACUUGAGGUGAUGACACUUCUUGAAGAAGGUGGUGGAAAAUUGGAUUCCAGAAAGAUAAGUCUUGCAUCUAGUCACAAAGACCCAUCUGUGUUAAGGAAACUGUUGCUCAGAUCACGUGAUGAUAUAAAUGUGACUGAUGAAUUUGGUCGGACACAAUUACAUUUGGCUUGUAUGUAUGGUGGUGCUGAUGGUGUUGACUUACUGCUGAAACAUGGGUCAGAGUUAUCAGUGGACACAGAAGGGUCGACUCCAUUUCAUUAUGCAUUGAAAUCUUGUGUUGACCAGAAGGAAAAGCUGAAGCUGUUGCUCAAUAAGAAUUCAUCUGAUCAUGAUGAAGACUUUGUCAACUUGACCGAUUACAUGAAGUGCACAGCGCUCCAUUAUGCUGCACAACUCUUAGAUUCUGAUUGUGUGAAAAUGUUGGUAGAGGCUCAAGCUGAUACUAAUAUCCUUGAUGUCAGUAAACAGUCUCCUCUGUUUUAUGUUUCAAAGGAAUGUGUUCCAGUAGACAUGUAUUAUGGUAAUACAGCUUCACAUCGCUGUGUGAUGACUGACAAGGACUACUGUCACAAAGUAAUACAAACACUUUUGGAAAAGGGAGCUGAUGCAGGAAUCAAGAACCAGGAGAGAAAAACACCUCUCCACUGUGCAGCAUUGAACCAGUGUAUGGAAUGUGUUGAGCUGUUGCUCCCAUUGUCAGAUGUAAAUGCCAGGGAUAGCUAUGGUGAUACAGCCUUACAUUGCAGUUCCUGGUCACAUGAACCCCACUCUCACGGAGUGAUACAAGCACUGCUGGGGAAGGGAGCUGAUGCAGGAAUCAAAAACAAGAAAGGUUAUACACCUCUUCACUGUGCAGCACAGAACCAAUGUAUGGAGUGUGUUGAGCUGUUGCUGCCAUUGUCAAAUGUAAAUACCCAGGUUGGUGAUGGUAGAACAGCUUUACUCUUAAGUCUCCAGUCAAAUGUAUCCCACUCUCAUGAUGUGAUACAAGCACUGCUGGAGAAGGGAGCUGAUGCAGGAAUCAAAAACAAGAAAGGUGAAACACCUCUUCACUGUGCAGCACAGAACCAAUGUAUGGAGUGUGUUGAGCUGUUGCUGCCAUUGUCAGAUGUAAAUAUCCAGGGUGGUGAUGGUAGAACAGCUUUACUCUUAAGUCUCCAGUCAAAUGUAUCCCACUCUCAUGAUGUGAUACAAGCACUGCUGGAGAAGGGAGCUGAUGCAGGAAUCAGAAACAAGAAAGGUGAAACACUUCUCCACUGUGCAGCAUUGAACCAGUGUCUGGAAUGUGUUGAGCUGUUGCUCCCAGUGUCAGAUGUAAAUGCCAAGGAUAGCUAUGGUACUACAGCUUUGCAUUGCAGUGUCUUGUCUUAUAAACCUCACUCUCAUGAAGUGAUACAAGCACUGCUGGAGAAGGGAGCUGAUGCAGGAAUCAAAAACAAGAAAGGUGAAACACCUCUUCACUGUGCAGCACAGAACCAAUGUAUGGAGUGUGUUGAGCUGUUGCUGCCAUUGUCAGAUGUAAAUACCCAGGGUGGUGAUGGUAGAACAGCUUUACUCUUAAGUUUCCAGUCAAAUGUAUCCCACUCUCAUGAUGUGAUACAAGCACUGCUGGAGAAGGGAGCUGAUGCAGGAAUCAGAAACAAGAAAGGUGAAACACUUCUCCACUGUGCAGCAUUGAACCAGUGUCUGGAAUGUGUUGAGCUGUUGCUCCCAGUGUCAGAUGUAAAUGCCAAGGAUAGCUAUGGUACUACAGCUUUGCAUUGCAGUGUCUUGUCUUAUAAACCUCACUCUCAUGAAGUGAUACAAGCACUGCUGGAGAAGGGAGCUGAUGCAGGAAUCAAAAACAAGAAAGGUGAAACACCUCUUCACUGUGCAGCACAGAACCAAUGUAUGGAGUGUGUUGAGCUGUUGCUGCCAUUGUCAAAUGUAAAUACCCAGGUUGGUGAUGGUAGAACAGCUUUACUCUUAAGUCUCCAGUCAAAUGUAUCCCACUCUCAUGAUGUGAUACAAGCACUGCUGGAGAAGGGAGCUGAUGCAGGAAUCAAAAACAAGAAAGGUGAAACACCUCUUCACUGUGCAGCACAGAACCAAUGUAUGGAGUGUGUUGAGCUGUUGCUGCCAUUGUCAAAUGUAAAUACCCAGGGUGGUGAUGGUAGAACAGCUUUACUCUUAAGGCUCCAGUCAAAUGUAUCCCACUCUCAUGAUGUGAUACAAGCACUGUUGGAGAAGGGGGCUGAUGUAGGAAUCCUGAACAAGGACGAUGAGACACCUCUCCACUGUGCAGCAAGGAAGCAGUGUAUGGAGUGUGUUAAGCUGUUGCUUCCAUUGUCAGAUGUAAAUGCCCAGGAUAGUGAUGGUGAUACAGCCUUACAUUGCAGUUCCUGGUCAUGCACACCCCACUUUCAUAAAAUUAUACAAGCACUGCUAGACAAGGAGGCUGAUGUGAAAAUCAAGAACAAGAAAGGUGAAACACCUCUCCACCGUGCAGCAUUGAACCAGUGUAUGGAGUGUGUUGAGCUAUUGCUCCCAUUGUCAGAUGUAAAUGCCCAGGAUAGUGAUGGUGAUACAGCUUUACAUUGCAGUUUCUUGUCAAAUGAAAACCACUCUCAUGAAAUGAUACAAGCACUGCUAGACAAGGAGGCUGAUGUGAAAAUCAAGAAUAAGGAAGGUGAAACAUCUCUCCACUGUGCAGCAUUCAACCAGUGUAUAGAGUGUGUUGAGCUAUUGCUUCCAUUGUCAGAUGUAAAUGCCCUGAAUAGUGAUGGUGAUACAGCUUUACAUUGCAGUUUCUUGUCAAAUGAACCCCACUCUCAUGAAGUGAUACAAGCACUGCUAGACAAGGAGGCUGAUGUGAAAAUCAAGAACAAGAAAGGUCAAACACUUCUCCACUGUGCAGCAAGGAAGCAGUGUAUGGAAUGUGUUGAGCUAUUGCUUCCAUUGUCAGAUGUAAAUGCCCUGAAUAGUGAUGGUGGUACAGCUUUACAUUGCAGUUUGUUGUCAAAUAAAAAACACUCUCAUGAAGUUAUACAAGCACUGCUAGACAAGGAGGCUGAUGUGAAAAUCAAGAACAAGAAAGGUGAAACACUUCUCCACUGUGCAGCAAGGAAGCAGUGUAUGAAGUGUGUUAAGCUAUUACUUCCAUUGUCAGAUGUAAAUGCCCUGAAUAGUGAUGGUGAUACAGCUUUACAUUGCAGUUCCUGGUUAUGCAGACCCCACUUUCAUAAAGUGAUACAAGCACUGCUAGACAAGGAGGCUGAUGUGAAAAUCAAGAACAAGAAAGGUGAAACACCUCUCCACCGUGCAGCAUUGAACCAGUGUAUGAAGUGUGUUAAGCUAUUACUUCCAUUGUCAGAUGUAAAUGCCCUGAAUAAUGAUGGUGAUACAGCUUUACAUUGCAGUUUCCUGUCAAAUGAACCCCACUCUCAUAAAGUGAUACAAGCACUGGUAGAUAAGGCGGCUGAUGUGAAAAUCAAGAACAAGAAAGGUGAAACACUUCUCCACCUUGCAGCAUCGUACCAGUGUAUGGAGUGUGUUAAGCUAUUGCUUCCAUUGUCAGAUGUAAAUGCCCUGAAUAGUGAUGGUGAUACAGCUUUACAUUGCAGUUUUUUGUCAUUUGAUCCCCACUCUCAUGAAGUGAUACAAGCACUGCUAGACAAGGAGGCUGAUGUGAAAAUCAAGAACAAGAAAGGUGAAACACUUCUCCACUGUGCAGCAUUGAACGAGUGUAUGGAGUGUGUUAAGCUAUUGCUUCCAUUGUCAGAUGUAAAUGCCCUGAAUAGUGAUGGUGAUACAGCUUUACAUUACAGUUUCUUGUCAUAUGAACCCCACUCUCAUGUGAUACAAGCACUGCUAGACAAGGAGGCUGAUGUGAAAAUCAAGAACAAGAAAGGUGAAACGGCUCUCCACUGUGCAGCAAGGAACCAGUGUAUGAAGUGUGUUAAGCUAUUGCUUCCAUUGUCAGAUGUAAAUGCCCUGAAUAGUGAUGGUGAUACAGCUUUACAUUGCAGUUUCUUAUCAUAUGAACCCCACUCUCAUGAUGUGAUGCAAGCACUGCUAGACAAGGAGGCUGAUGUGAAAAUCAAGGACAAGAGAGGUGAAACACUUCUCCACCGUGCAGCAUUGAACCAGUGUUUGGAGUGUGUUAAGCUAUUGCUUCCAUUGUCAGAUGUAAAUGGCCAGGAUAGCUAUGGUGAUACAGCUUUACAUUUCCAGUUUGUUGUCAAAUGUUUGUUGUCAAAUGAAAACCACUCUCAUGAUGUGAUACAAGCACUGCUAGACAUGGAGGCUGAUGUGAAUAUCAAGAACAAGAAAGGUGAAACACUUCUCCACUGUGCAGCAUUGAACCAGUGUAUAGAGACAUUGAACCAGUGUAUAGGGUGUGUUGAGCUAUUGCUUCCAUUGUCAGAUGUAAAUGCCCUGAAUAGUGAUGGUGAUACAGCCUUACAUUGCAGUUUGUUGUCAAAUGAAAACCACUCUCAUGAUGUGAUACAAGCACUGCUAGACAUGGAGGCUGAUGUGAAUAUCAAGAACAAGAAAGGUGAAACACUUCUCCACUGUGCAGCAUUGAACCAGUGUAUAGAGUGUGUUGAGCUAUUGCUUCCAUUGUCAGAUGUAAAUGCCCUGAAUAGUGAUGGUGAUACAGCUUUACAUUGCUUUUUGUUGUCAUAUGAUCCCCACUCUCAUGAAGUGAUACAAGCACUGCUGGAGAAGGGAGCUGAUGCAGGAAUCAGAAACAAGAAAGGUGAAACACUUCUCCACUGUGCAGCAUUGAACCAAUGUCUGGAGUGUGUAGAGCUUUUGCUCCCAUUGUCAGAUGUAAAUGCCCGGGAUAGCUAUGGUGAUACAGCUUUACAUUGCAGUUUCUUGUCAAAUGAAAACCACUCUCAUGAAAUGAUAAAAGCACUGUUAGACAAGGAGGCUGAUGUGAAAAUCAAGAACAAGAAAGGUCAAACACUUCUCCACCGUGCAGCAAUGAACCAGUGUAUAGAGUGUGUUAAACUGUUGUUCCCAUUGUCAGAUGUAAAUGCCCUGAAUAGUGAUGGUGAUACAGGUUUACAUUGCAGUUUCUUGUCAAAUGAACCCCACUCUCAUGAUGUGAUACAAGCACUGCUAGACAAGGAGGCUGAUGUGAAAAUCAAGAACAAGAAAGGUGAAACACUUCUCCACCGUGCAGCAAGGAAGCAGUGUAUGGAAUGUGUUAAGCUAUUGCUUCCAUUGUCAGAUGUAAAUGCCCAGAAUAGUGAUGGUGAUACAGCUUUACAUUGCAGUUUCUUGUCAAAUGAACCCCACUCUCAUGAUGUGAUACAAGCACUGCUAGACAAGGAGGCUGAUGUGAAAAUCAAGAACAAGAAAGGUGAAACACUUCUCCACUGUGCAGCAAGGAAGCAGUGUAUGGAAUGUGUUGAGCUAUUGCUUCCAUUGUCAGAUGUAAAUGGACAGGAUAGCUAUGGUGAUACAGCUUUACAUUGCAGUUUUUUGUCAAAUGAAAACCACUCUCAUGAAAUGAUACAAGCACUGCUAGACAAGGAUGCUGAUGUGAAAAUCAAGAAUAAGAAAGGUGAAACAUUUCUCCACUGUGCAGCAUUGAACCAGUGUAUAGAGUGUGUUGAGUUAUUGCUUCCAUUGUCAGAUGUAAAUGCCCUGAAUAGUGAUGGUGAUACAGCCUUACAUUGCAGUUUGUUGUCAAAUGAAAACCACUAUCAUGAAGUGAUACAAGCACUGCUAGACAAGGAGGCUGAUGUGAAUAUCAAGAACAAGAAAGGUGAAACACUUCUCCACUGUGCAGCAUUGGACCAAUGUCUGGAGUGUGUAGAGCUUUUGCUCCCAUUGUCAGAUGUAAAUGCCCGGGAUAGCUAUGGUGAUACAGCUUUACAUUGCAGUUUUUUGUCAAAUGAAAACCACUCUCAUGAAAAUGAUACGCACUGCUAG